CCGUUCUCCAUUAUUCCAGCUGGUGCUUUUGGGCCGCGCGAGAUGAUUUACUGUUCCAUAUCUCCAGGAGACUCUUUGUCUUGUGCAAACAUGUCAUCCCACUCAGCGGAGCGGAUACAAGCAUGCUGUCUCCCCGAACACCUGCCAUUCGCUCGAUUCACCGCCGCGCCGCCCACCAUCCACCCACCUCGACUCAGCCAGAUCGCUUACGGCUGCGAGCCAUGCUCCCGAUUCUUCAACAUGCGCGUGCCGCUUGAGCGGCUUCUGGCGCGCCCCUUUACCCGAGUCUGUAUCCGAACCUUAAUCGUUUUUUUCUCAUGACGCACCGCUCCCUCCCUGCGACUUGGUCAUCCUGUCCAACGCUCGUAUCGUCUUGCUUACAGCUGCCUCUGCUCCUGCUUCCAGUGCUGUGUUUCCAUCUGCGGUUUGGCCCGCGAAUCCCGUCCCAGGUUCGCUCAGAAAUGCUCGCUGCCAAGAUGCACGGCCGGCGCCAAACGCUUACGCGGUGCCGAUAUUGGCGCGUAUUGUUGGUGAGGGGGAGGGGGGUCGGGCCCAUCAUCCCUGCGCAACCUGCCCCACCCACCUUUCACGAAACGCAAGGUAAGGUAAUGAUCCUUGCCAGCUGUCUCCACGCUCUAAUCUGUUUUUAUCGCCAUCAACAUCGCUCCACGGUACACGUCGGCGCUUCUCCGUCGUCAAUUUGUGGUCUUGCUGGAGGGAUAUCCACAUGCUGUGUGCUCUUUCGAGUCUCGAUGCACUACUACGUACGUCAACCAUCAGCAGCCUGGCUGGGCGUGAAUAUACCAGUGACGUGACGUGACGGCUUGGUACGGGUAGGUAUUAGAUCGCACCAACGUUGGAUGCAGGUGUGUGUGUGUCUUGAAAGACAUGUACGCCCGAGAACCAGACAGAAUGCACGCCAUAUAUU